UCAUCUCACAACUGGACUGGACUGAAUGAAGUCAGCUGACUUUUCAUUGCUGCUCACGUCUCAUCUCACUAAAGGACCAAGACUGUCUCAUCAUCUGAGACACAUUCAAAAUGGACUUCUCCAAGUUGGCCAAGAUCCGAGAUGAGGAGCGGGAGGGACAAUUUGGAUAUGUGCAUGGUGUAUCUGGACCUGUGGUGACAGCCUCCAGUAUGGCAGGAGCUGCUAUGUACGAGCUGGUGCGAGUGGGUCACAGUGAGCUUGUGGGAGAGAUUAUUAGACUGGAGGGUGAUAUGGCCACAAUUCAGGUCUAUGAGGAGACAUCUGGUGUAUCGGUCGGAGACCCUGUCCUGCGCACAGGGAAGCCCCUCUCUGUGGAGUUAGGGCCAGGAAUCAUGGGCUCCAUCUUUGACGGUAUUCAGCGUCCCCUUAAAGACAUCAACGACCUCACUCAAAGCAUCUACAUUCCCAGAGGAGUCAACAUUGGUGCUCUUAACCGUGAUCUCAAAUGGGAGUUCACUCCAGCAAAGAGUUUGCGUGUUGGCAGUCACAUUACUGGAGGUGAUAUUUAUGGGAACGUGUUAGAAAACUCUCUCAUUAAGCACAAAAUCAUGUUACCACCGAGGAGCAGAGGAACUGUCACAUACGUCGCACCACCUGGAAACUAUGAUGUCUCGGAUGUGGUGUUGGAGCUGGAGUUUGAGGGGGUGAAAGAGAAGUUCACUAUGGUGCAGGUGUGGCCGGUACGUCAGGUGCGUCCCGUCACAGAAAAACUUCCUGCAAAUCACCCUCUGUUGACUGGACAGAGAGUCCUGGACGCCCUCUUUCCAUGUGUGCAAGGAGGAACCACAGCCAUCCCUGGUGCUUUCGGAUGUGGUAAAACCGUAAUUUCUCAGUCUCUGUCGAAGUACUCCAACAGUGAUGUCAUCAUCUAUGUGGGCUGUGGAGAACGAGGAAAUGAAAUGUCUGAAGUACUCCGAGAUUUCCCUGAGCUGACCAUGGAAGUGGGUGGUAAGGUGGAGAGCAUCAUGAAGAGAACAGCUUUGGUUGCAAACACAUCCAACAUGCCUGUGGCUGCCAGAGAAGCGUCUAUAUACACGGGAAUCACACUGUCUGAGUAUUUCAGAGACAUGGGCUACAAUGUGAGCAUGAUGGCUGACUCUACAUCUCGAUGGGCAGAGGCUUUAAGAGAGAUCUCUGGUCGUCUGGCUGAGAUGCCUGCUGACAGCGGUUAUCCUGCAUAUCUUGGAGCACGUCUGGCUUCAUUUUAUGAGCGUGCCGGAAGAGUUAAAUGUCUAGGGAACCCAGAGAGAGAGGGCAGUGUGAGCAUUGUGGGAGCUGUGUCUCCCCCUGGUGGUGAUUUCUCAGAUCCUGUGACAUCUGCUACUCUUGGUAUUGUACAAGUGUUUUGGGGUCUGGACAAAAAGCUGGCUCAGAGGAAACACUUCCCCUCAGUGAACUGGCUGAUCAGUUACAGUAAGUACACUCGAGCGCUGGAUGAGUAUUACGACAAACACUUCCCUGAGUUUGUGCCGCUGCGCACCAAAGCCAAAGAGAUCCUGCAGGAAGAAGAGGACCUGGCUGAGAUUGUGCAGCUCGUGGGGAAGGCAUCAUUGGCUGAAACGGAUAAGAUCACCCUGGUUGCCAAGCUGAUCAAGGAUGAUUUCUUGCAGCAAAACGGAUACACACCGUAUGACAGGUUCUGUCCGUUCUAUAAGACGGUGGGCGUCUUGUCCAACAUGAUUGCGUUUUAUGAUAUGGCUCGUCAUGCCGUAGAGACCACGGCACAGAGCGACAAUAGGAUCACCUGGGCCAUGAUCAGAGAGCACAUGGGAGAAAUCCUGUACAGGAUCAGCUCCAUGAAGUUUAAGGACCCUGUGAAAGAGGGUGAGGAGAAGAUUAAAGCUGAUUACGCUCAGCUCCACGAAGACAUGCAAAAUGCUUUUCGUACACUGGAAGACUGAGAGCCACGUCUUAACCAUCAUUCUCAGGGCAGGGCAGCAGAAACCACCCUUCUGUCUCUCACACGCAUACACAGCCCUGUCCUUUACCUCCAUAUACUACAUUCCACUGCUUUGUAUUCAUCUUGUGCUGUUUUAGUGUGUGUCUCCAAAUACCAUUUCUUUUGUACAUGUAAAUGCAUUUGUGAAUAUGUGCAAUCUCUAUUAUCCUCUUCAAAGCCUCUGCUCUGCCCUUUACAUUUUACAGACCAUCAUGUCCGUAAAUAUAGAUGUUGUUGAAUGACUUGAUGUAAUUAUUGUUCUAUUUUUAUCUGUACAGAAGAUUGAAAGACUUCAGAAGUUGACUAUAUUUACUGCUAGCAUAUUUACAGUUCCAAUGGUUGCCAAUAUAAUUAUGUAUACAAAUAUGUGUUGUUUUUUUUGGUACGGCUGUUUAUUGCAGUAUUGUCCUGUACAUUUCGUUGAAGAUGCAGUACACUUGCUCUUCAUUGCUCACUUGAAAAUGUGUCUGAGUCGUGGAAAAACAGAAAUAAAUAUGGUUUACUUUA